UUCGAGGUUAACUCCCAGCGUCCCAGCUCGGACGUCACUCGCCACGACGCGACGAAGAGAAACGGUAGUUGUGUAUCGAGAAGCGCGACGCUUGGUCAUCAUGACAGAGGAGACUCGCAAAGAGGUCCGCGUUUGGUGUGAUGGGUGUUACGACAUGGUGCAUUUCGGGCAUGCAAAUUCCUUGAGGCAGGCCAAAGCAUUAGGAGAUUAUUUGGUGGUAGGUGUACAUAAUGAUGAAGAGAUUACGAGACAUAAGGGCCCUCCCGUCUUUACCGAACAAGAAAGGUACAAAAUGGUGCGUGGCAUUAAAUGGGUGGACGAAGUAGUCGAAGCUGCACCUUACGUCACUACAUUAGAAACAUUAGACAAGCAUAACUGUGAUUUUUGUGUUCAUGGCGAUGACAUCACAAUGACGGCCGAUGGUGUAGAUACUUAUCAUUUCGUCAAGGCAGCCGGUCGUUAUAGAGAAGUUCAACGGACAGCUGGCGUUUCAACGACCGAUCUUGUAGGACGCAUGCUGUUAAUGACGCGACAGCACUUUCGACAGGGUGACAACGAAUACAGCGUCGAUAGAGAACCGAGCAAGCGUAUGGGUCAGGAUAGAACAGCCCGGAGUCCGUGGACCGGCUGUUCGCAAUUUUUGCCGACCACGCAGAAAAUAAUUCAAUUCAGCGACGGCAAAAGUCCACAACCGGACGACAAGAUUGUGUACGUGGCGGGCGCGUUCGAUCUUUUCCAUGUGGGGCACUUGGACUUUCUGGAAGUCGCUAAGAAGGAGGGCGACUAUCUCAUAGUCGGACUGCAUACAGAUCCAGCCGUUAACCGAUACAAGUACGGCAAUCAUCCCAUUAUGAAUCUUCACGAACGAGUUCUCAGUGUGUUGGCGUGUAAGUACGUCAAUGAAGUUGUAAUCGGCGCACCAUAUGCAGUCACAAGAGAUCUAAUGGAACAUUUCAAUGUCUCUGUCGUGUGUCAUGGACAAACACCUAUAAUGCCAUGUGAGGAUGGUUCAGAUCCAUACACGGAACCCAAGAGGCAAAAUAAAUUUAAAUUGUUAGAUAGCGGUAACGACAUGACGACGGAGAAAAUAGUUGAAAGAAUCAUUCUUCACAGGUUGGAAUACGAGGAUAGGAAUUUAAGAAAGGAGAAAAAAGAGCUUGCCGCUUAUGAAGAAUUCACGAAGUCUGAGAAAAAUGACAAGAUUGAAUAAUUAUUUGUUUUGUUGUUCACAAACAUUCGCAGUGUGUAUAUGUGAUAAUCAGAUUUUAUAAAGUCAAUAUGUAAAUAUGAUGUCACACUGACACUUAAUUUAUUGUUUCAAAAUGCCUUACAUAGAGUUGAAAUAGACAUUUAUAAUUGUUUGAACACGCUAGAAAAAUCGAUUAGUGACGUGGAGAGAUCAGUGUUGAUUUUCAUUUGUUGCAAUAUGCAAUGAAAAGUGGUAUACAACGACAAUUGUGAAAUCGGACAAAUAUUUUAUAUGCAAGGUGUGCCAGAACUAUCGUUAUUUCUUUCUCUUUUGUGGAUUUUUAAACCAAUUCCUGAGUCCAUAUUUCUUUAAACAUAUUAAUAUCUAUUUAGGAUUGCGAGAGUAGGGAGAUUAAUAUGUUAUUUUUUUGAUUAUGCAAUAUAUACAUAUAUAUAAGCUUUGAGUAAAAUUUUAAUUUCAGAUUUUGCCAAUCAAACAUAACAUGAUACAAGAUCCUCUGUGAAUCGGUUACUAAAUUGCGAGAAAUAGAAUCCAAGUCUAUAUCUUUAGUUUUAGACAAGCUUUAGCUGAGUUUUUUAACUAUAUAUCGUAAUUAUACUUUUAUAUGACAUAAAUAUAAAAUUAAUUUUGGAGAUAUAUUUAUUGUAUCAUAUCUUAAGGAUAGUUUCUCAGUAGAUUUCUUUAAUAGAAACUUAAAUAAUUUCAUCAGAUUUCAUUCUAGUCACAGACCUGGAACAUAGUUCUGGAACACCCUACAUAUUUCUCGACAUAUCUCUAAAGACAAGGUCUUAAUGAUAUAUCGUACAUUAUAAUCGCCUUUAAAUGUAGAUAUGCUUAAUAAUUAUUGUCACAUGAUGUGAAUAUCGUGAGUGGUCAUUGUAAAAACCAAAAUCAGAUUUUUUAGGUCGAGUUGUUGAAUUUCGCUAUUUCACAGGUGUAAUAUUCUCUUUCAUUGUAUCACAAACUUGUUAUCAUCCUAUCAUUUUGUCGUUCUAUAUCGUCUUUUUUAAGUCUCUCAUGUACGCGUUAAAGGACUUAUUAUUUAUGUUCGUACAGAGUUUCGAUAUUUUUAAGAGAUUGCGAAUUUCGUUUGAGUUUGUUGGAUAAUAACGUUUGGUCUUCAAGAAUCAUUUAUUCGUUCUCAUCAUGGAAUAUGAAACGUACGCUUUCUUACAUUUACGAAAUAUUUUACGAGUUUUAAAUAGCGAAAAUAUUGGAAUGCGACUAUGCGUAUGCAGGUAUUUUUUAUUCAGGAAUUACGAUACAGUCAAAAUAAGAGCAGACAAGAAGUUAGAUUCGAUUUAGUCUAAUUAAUUGAAAGUUCCUGAGAAUUUAUAGAUGCCUAUAUAUUUCUCGGCGAUGCAUUUUAUUCUGACAGCGAUGUGCCGAAUUUUACGAUUCAUAAGACAUCUAGCUAGAUAGAGAAGUCGACUAACUUUAAGUACCAGGUUUUCUAACGCGAAAUUAGAAUAUAUCCAAAAAUAUCAACGGAGCCAAAGAAGAUUAGGUUUAGGAUGUACAUCGAGUAAACUAAAUGUAAAUUCAAGCUAGCAUAUAUCGUUGAAUUUUAACUGCUUGUAUCUAGGGAAUGAGAAAAAUGCAUGGCAGUUUUGUUCGCAAAAUUCAUUGUGGUGUACAAAGACAGAGAAAAUCCGUUUUAGAUAAAUUACUGAAUUCCUUAUUUAAUAUUUUAAAAAUUACGACUGAUUCGGCCGGGGAGCUUCCAAAUAAUUAAAAUAUGAUAACUAUCAAACUUUCAUUAAAUAAGGUUUGGUAACAAAGUCAAUGAUUUGUAGCCCAAAAAAUUUCCAAUAUCUUUUAUAUAUGUAUAUGAAACACAGGCAAGUUUCUUCACAUACAAUAUGGCGAUGAUGACAUAUUAACGCCGAUAAAUUUUUGGCAAUAAUUGAAUUAGAUUAUGCAGAAAAAAAAUGGUAUAGCUCGUGAUUUUCUACAGGAGAAUCUACACCGAAUAAAAAUUGUAACGCGUAAAAAAAUAUAUUGUUUCUUUUAUUUUAUUUUAAUUAUUUUAUUGUAAUCUUUUCUUUUAUUUUAUAUAAUAAAUAAUCAUUGUACACGGUCACAUCUCUACAAUAGUCACGCAGUUUCUAUAAUGUAUUACACUUCCUAAUUGCCUUCACGAAUCGCUAAAGAUCAAUUACCAUGUCCUCAGAAUCGCGUUGUCUUAUUUCGCACCUUUUUGCUCCCUUUUUUCUUUUUCCAUUAUUACUAUAUUAAAUACAUAACAUUUUAAUUUUUGUUCAUACAGUAAAAUAUAUUUUUUUAGAUAAAUUUUAUGUAGCUCACAACCUAUAAAGUUUUAUUAAAUUUUUAUUAAUAAUAAACACGAACUGUUUUAAUCACAAUAUCCAGUUAAUACAAUAAUUACACACAAGUUACAAAAAAUUCUUUUUCGUAAAAAUUAAGAUUUUUAAAAAUUAUUCUUUAUUUUAAAAGCAAAUAUGAUUCAAAAUUUGUCAUAAACUUCUAUUACUAUAAAAUAUUGUAUUAUACGACUAAAAUAUAGAUUUUUUUAAUAUUAUGUAUUUAGUAUUCGCGCUGUUAACAAGUUUGCUGUAAAAUACAGAGAACUUUGUCGUAUGUAUCUAUUUACAAGGUGAGAUAAAUUCGUGCAACCACCC